AUGUCGUCGCAGACCAAAACACCCGAUGACUUUCGCGUGGUGGGGUUGGAGUCAGUCCAGCCUGCCUAUGCCCAAUUUGAUGGAGAGAUGUAUGCGGGUAUGUUGCCCGUUCUGGAGCCUGAGAAAAGUGGCGAUGACACUGCCGCCGACAAAAAGACAGUCGGUCAGAUGAUGUUUUGGAUGUUUGAGCCUCCCACGCAAUCCGUCGAGAAUACCAUUGUGGUCUGGUUGAACGGAGGCCCCGGUUGUUCCUCGUUCAACUGUGGUGUCAUGAUGGAGAAUAGUCCCGUCACUCAGCCAUUGCGUCCUGCCGGAUUUUGCUGUUUGGAGCCGACUCCCGAGUUGCAUUACAAUGAAAAGUACAGUUGGACUCAGGCGACCACCAUGCUCUACGUCGAGCAGCCAUUGGGCACUGGCUUCAGCUACGGUCUCGAUGGCUACGAGCCAGAAACCGAAGUGGACGUGGCCCGUGACUUGUACAACUGGUUUCAGUAUUCCUUCUAUCAAUUGUUUCCCAAGUUUCGCAACUACAAACUCUUUGUCAUGGGAGAAUCCUAUGCUGGCAUGUUCAUUCCUGCGGUGGCACAGCACUUCAUGAAGGAGAACGAACGAAGAGUGGCCAAGGGAGCCAAUGAAUGGAUCAUUCCUCUUGGAGGGGCUGCCCUUGGAAAUGGUUGGAUUGAUGCCACCAUUCAAGGACCAGCCACCAUUGAUUACUCCUGGUGGCACGGACUGAUUGACGCUCCCACUCGUCACAGUUUGCACUUGACGUGGCAGGAUUGUUUGGUCAACUACUAUGAUGAGUUUAUUGAUGACAAGAAGAAGAAGGACGGUGACGCUGUGAGCUUCAAACCACCCUUUCACCCAUUCAAUGUACAGGAUGAUUGCGGAAUGAUGUGGGGCAUCUUGCAGGCGGCCGGCGGUGUCAAUGCCUAUGAUGUCACUACCUGGGAUCCCAAUGUCGAUCAGGUCACGUUUACGUCGGAGGCAUUCUAUAAUCGCCCUGAUGUCAAGUCCAUGCUGCAUGCUCCUACCAACGUUACUUGGCAUGGUUGUCGUCCCGGUGGUGGCCGCCGUCAAUUGUCAGCCAACACGAACGAAGAACCCAGCAGUGUGCGCUCGGCCGAAGAGCGCCGCCGCAAGCUCCUGUACAUGAUGAACGACAAGCCGAUUUCCGUAGCCCCUUAUAUUGCCGAUUUGCUGAAUGGCGGCAUUCCCGUCUUGGUGUACAAUGGUGACCGGGACAUGACAACCAACAUGGUUGGCAGCGAAUUGGUGUUGAAUCAAAUGACAGAAUGGAACAACAUUACUGAAUGGCUGGAUGCACCUCGUGGAUUGUGGAUGGAUUCCGGAUCCACCAGCAAGCACCCCAACGCAGGAUGGGCCAAAGAGCUUGGCGGCCUUAGCUUUGUCGUGGUGUACAACAGUGGCCACAUGGUCCCGUACAAUGUUCCAAGUCCAUCCUUGGAUUUGUUGAAGCGAUUCUUGACCGGCGCUCCCUUCAUCGAUGUGGAGACGCCCCAGAUUCGCUACUCCUCGGAUCCAUCCAAGUCUAAAAAGUACAAGGGAGCCGAGAAAUGGAUGAAUACACCCGAGUACCCCGAACUACCCCAAGAGCACAGUCAUCACGCAGCAGUUUCUGCCAGCAGCUACUACUAUCGUGCCGUCAACUUUCCUGCCAUGACAGCCAUGAUGGGAACCAAUAGUGGUGCCAAGAACGAAGAAACCUCCUUUGCUUGGGGCUCUGCGGGUGUUUCCUUCUUUGUCGGCAUGUUGGUUUCCGUGAUGAUCAUGCAGCUAGUGAAUGGAAGGCCCCGCAAGGGAGGAUAUCAGCAGGUUCCCGAAGCUUCCUUGUCCGAUGAUGAAUGA